AUGUCACUUAACGAGAUCCAAGGCCGACUUGCGCUUAUCACCGGUGCAUCGGGAGGAAUUGGAGCUGCCUGCGCACACCAGCUUGCCCAACAUGGAGUGCAUCUCGCCUUGACAUACGCGACCAAUCUGACGGCAAUGAACGCGCUGGUGACCGAUCUGCAGAGCAAAUACGCCGAUAACAAGCUCCGUAUCUCGAUCCAUAAAGUGGAUGUUGGCUCCGCUGACGACAUCGAGACGAUGUUCCAGCAAAUCGACACCGAGCACGGCCACCGACCCGAUAUCCUGAUCUCGAACGCUGGGCACGGCAAGCGGUUCCCGCAAAUCUGGGACUGCUCUCUCGAAGAGUUCGAUUAUACUUUACAAGUCAACCUGCGCGCUUCAUUCAUUCUCGUCAAGGGGGUGGUGGAGCGUAUGAAGAGCCAGAAUUGGGGGCGCAUUGUGUUUAUGUCCUCGAUUGCUGCGCAAGGCGGAGGAAUCAACGGAUGUCAUUACGCCGCCUCUAAAGGUGGUCUGACAGGAAUGAUGAAGAAUCUUUCUACCCGCCUGGCUGAAUUCAAUAUCAGUGUUAAUGAUGUGGCGCCUGCCAUGAUUGGGGACACCGGUAUGAUCCCCAAUGCUGCGGCUAUUCCGGACGUAGCGGCUGGUAUUCCGCUUGGUCGCCUUGGGACUCCUGAGGAGACGGCCAAUGUUGUGACUAUGCUUGUGAAAACAGGGUACAUGACGGGUCAGAGCCUCUUGCUCGCUGGAGGGUUGAAAUGA